AUGGCGCCUGACCGUCCAGCGCCAGACGUGGCUUCUCGGCCCAGCAUUUUUCUCGCGGGAAACGCCAGUCCUACGGGUGAAGCCGACUGGAGACAAACGCUCACAGAGGCAUUAUCUUCGCUUCCCAUCACAAUAUAUAAUCCUUACCGCAAUGACUGGGACGCAACCUGGAGAGAAGACGGUUCCGAUAAACGUUGGUCGGAACAAGUGGGCUGGGAGCUCGAGAUGCUGGACAAGGCAGACCUUGUUGUCGUCUUCUUUCAUGGAGGCAGCCUAGCACCCAUCAGCAUGUUGGAGCUGGGUAUGUGCAUUCGAUCCAGAAAAGUCAUAGUGUGUGCCAUGCCGGAUUACCCCAAGAGAGGCAAUGUGGAGGCUGUUUGUCGGCGACAUGAGGUCAAGUUUGUGAGCUCUGAGCAAGAUUUGAAGGACGCUGUGAAGGAGAGGCUGGAUUGGAUGAUUGCGAUGUGCCCUGGUUGA